UUGCACUGCAGCCUGCAGGGAUUGGACUUUAGACGGGUGGAGGGACGGAUUACACCGUCAACAGGAACACGCACUCCUUCCUGGUACGAAACGCAACACCUUCAGAAAUGGCUAAAUUCUUUACACCAACUCAAAUCAAUGAGUUUAAAGAAUGUUUUUCCUUGUAUGACAAGAAGCAGAAGGGUAAAAUUGACUGCAAAGACCUGAUCACAGUAAUGCGUUGCCUGGGCACAAGCCCCACAUUCGGUGAAAUAGAUAGACAUCUACAAGUUCACAAAAUAGAAAAGACAGGUGCGCUGGACUUCUCUACGUUCCUGACAAUGAUGCACAGACAGAUGCAGCAGGAGGACCCCAAGACGGAAAUACUGGAGGCCUUUCGGAUGACGGACAAGCAGAAGAAAGGAUACAUCCCGGCAUCUGAGCUGCGAGCCAAGCUCACCAAGUUAGGAGAGAAACUCACUAACAAAGAAGUGGAUGAGCUCUUCAAAGAGGCAAACGUCAAGUCAAAUGGAACUGUUAAGUAUGAAGAGUUCACCCAAAUGGUGACGCUGCCACCAGUCGAUUACUAGUUUCUCAAGGAAAAAUCAGUCAAGCAAACGCCUCGGCAGACAACCUACUUCACGCACGCUGAGGCUGGUGGCAGCAGCUUGCAGAGAUGAAAACACACUGCGUUCAAAGCUGGCAGUUUUUGUCUACAGAGACUGAAGUCUUCUCUUUUAAUUUUUGUUUUUGCCAUGAUUCAUUCUGGAUUAUUUGAUUGUAUUUACGCAUCAUGUGGAUUUUUAUCCAAUGAAAAAACUUAAGUGAAGUAAAACACUGACUGAUACUUUGACAUUAUGGUUUGAACUUUGUAAAUUUACACAAGAAACUGCUGUUCUUUGAUUAAACAUCAGUAUUAAAAGCCUUCCAGCUUAAAAGCAUA